UGCUCCGACAAGACGGGUACUCUCACCCAAGGUGCCAUGAUCGUCAAGAAGGUCUGGCUCCCAAAAUCUUCCAUAUACACAGUUCGAGACUCGAUGGAUCCCAACAACCCCACAGCCGGCCACGUCACCUGAGAACAAGCACAACCUCAAGCAGGAGAAGGAGGCCGAGCCGCAGGCCGAGGUGACGCCCGAGCUGCACAUGUUCCUCCUCUCGACGGCGCUCUGCAACCUCGCAACAGUGCGGUACGACGACGCCGAGGAGAAGUGGAAAACGACGGGCGAGCCGACCGAGAUUGCGCUGCAGGUCUUUACCCACCGCUUUGACAGGGGCAAGAAGAGGAUGGAGGCAGCCGGCUGGAAGCAGGUCGCCGAAUUCCCCUUUGACAGUUCCAUCAAGCGCAUGUCGGUCGUCUACGACGUGCCCGAGGGUAACGAUGCCGGUCUGGAUGCCGGCAGCAGUGUGGUUUUCACCAAAGGCGCCGUGGAGCGCAUUCUAGACCUUUGCUCCUACGUCGGCCUGGACGACGACGCGGAACCGAUGACGGAAGACAUGAAGGACAAGAUUCUGGCUCAAAUGACCAGCUUUGCGUCCAUGGGGCAGCGGGUUCUUGCCAUCGCCUACCGGCAGUGGCCGGGAAAAUAUAUUGCCGGCAAGAACGACGGUAUGGAGACUGGUUCUGACGGAAGUACGCCGCUGGGCGAGAAGAGCGAGGACGCCGCUCGUAACGCCGUCGAGAGGAACCUGACUCUGUUGGGUCUGGCCGGCAUCUACGACCCACCCCGCCGCGAGACGUCGCCCGCCAUCUUUGAUUGCGCCUUGGCCGGCAUCAAGGUGCACAUGCUGACAGGCGACCACCCGGAAACGGCCAAGGCGAUCGCCAAGGAGGUGGGCAUCAUCCCGCACAACCUGGGCGUGUUCCCUGCGGGCGUCGCCAACACGACCGUCAUGAAAGCCACCGACUUUGACAAGAUGACCGACGACGAGAUUGACGCGCUGGAGGAGCUUCCCCUCGUCAUCGCGCGGUGCGCGCCCGAGACAAAGACGCGCAUGGUUGAGGCGCUGCGGCGACGCAACGCUUUCAUGGCCAUGACGGGCGACGGCGUCAACGACGCGCCCUCGCUGAGCCGGGCCGACGUGGGCAUCGCCAUGGGCACGGGCAGCGACGUGGCCAAAUCGGCGGCCAAGAUUGUGCUGACCGACGACAAGUUCAACAGCAUCGUGGCGGCCAUUCGAGAAGGGCGGCGCAUGUUUGAGAACAUCCAAAAGUUUGUGCUGCACCUGCUGAGCAGCAACGUCGGCGAGGUGAUCCUGCUCAUUGCCGGGCUGGGCUUCCGCGACCAGUCACGCUUCUCCGUCUUCCCCAUCUCGCCCCUGGAGAUUCUGUGGAUCAACAUGGUCACGUCGUCCUUCCCGGCCUUUGGGCUGGGCCGUGAGAAGGCCGGCGCCGAGGUGAUGCGCAAGCCGCCGCACAACAAGAAGCGCGGCGUCUUCACGCACCAGAUCAUGGCCGACAUGCUCGUGUAUGGACUGCUGAUGGGUAUCUGCACGCUCAUGACGUUCGUCAUUGUUGUCUACGGCAUGUACGACGGCGAGCUGGGCCACGACUGCAACCGUAAAUUCUCCGAGUCGUGCAUCCCCGUUUUCCGAGCGCGUGCCGCCGUCUUCGCCGAGCUGACGUGGUUGAUCCUGCUGAGCGCAUGGGAGUUCAAGAGCAUCCGGCGGUCCAUGUUCCGCCUCAACCCGGACGACCAGUCCAAGUUCCCGCUGUUCAAAGACCUGUACGAGAACCGGUUCCUCUUUUGGGCCGUCGUGAUUGGCGGCCUCAGCGUGUUCCCGACGGUGUACAUCCCCUACCUCAACGAGGACGUGUUCAAGCACACUGCCAUCAGCUGGGAAUGGGGUGUGGUGGUCGGCAUGACCAUCCUCUACGUGGUAGGCCUCGAGUCGUGGAAGUAUGUGAAGCGCACCCUCAACAUCCUCGACGACCACAAGGUGGUCAGGGGGGUCUGGUCGCAAGGCGAGGAGGGUGCCAAGCGGUUUUCGAGGGCCAUGACCUUUGCAAGCUUCAGAAGCUUCAGGAGCUGGGGGCGUUCCGAGUCCAAGUCGAGGGCGCAGUCUAGCGGUGCGUUGACUCCGGUCACAACGCAGUCUCGGCAGAACACGUUCACGCUUAGCCCGCCAUUGUCGCCCGUCUGAAGAGGUUGUUUUCCGUAAUGGCCACGAUAUGUA